AUGGCGGCGCGGCGCGCCCCCGCCGCCCACGUGACCCCGCCACAAAGCCGGGGGGGAGCGGUUGCCGCGGCAACGGCCGUGGCGUCCUGGCCGGCCUGUGGCGCCUACGGCGCGCGGCGAGCGGCAGAAAGGCAGCAUGAUGCGUCCAGCGCGGCGUGGUUAAGCAGCGUGGUUAAGCUGUCCUCUAUCUGUUCACUCUUUCAGGCAGCGCCCAGUGAUAACCCGGGAGCUGGAGCGCAGGAGCCCGGCACAGCUCCGGCCGCGGCGCCUUCCGGGGAGCUGGCACCCAUAGUCGARCAGCCGGCAUCGCUGGGUGACGUGUCUGUGGGUGAAACGCUGUCCUCUGCAGACCGAUCACCGGUGGUAGAAGUGCCAGAGUCUGUAGAGGAGACGGGUGUCGAGAAACAGCCAGCGCCUGAGGACCCGUCUCCUGUGGUGGAAUUUCCUUUAUCCGCGGAGAACUCCUACGAGGGAGAUUCAUCAGCAUUCCGGGAGCAUGUGCCAGUGGUGGAAUUACCUCCACCUGAAGAUGAACUGGCAAAAACUGGUUCAAGAUCUUGUCUGGCUGAAUCAAUAACCUGUGAGGACAGGCCACCUGAAGCUGAAGCUUCAUCCAAUGGCACCAAGUGCUCUGUGCUUGAAUCAGCAACGCGCCAGAGCAGACCUUCUGUGGGAGACUCGCCGGAUUGCAAAGUCAACAUACGCACGUCUGGAUCUGCAGGGGCYACGGCCGAAGGACCUGAGGCUCGGUCAUCAGCGUCUGUACUCAUGCCAACAGAUAAUGCGAGUGACACAAUGGAGCAGCCCACAGUGUAUGAAGACCCCUUGGAGGUCUCCCUUAGGAGAUCACAGAAAAACUGGUGUAUGAGAAGCCCGAUGACCCCUUGCAGUUCAUGUUGCUGCAGGUAUGGCGUCUUGCUGGGGCUCCACAGGGACUGUGUGUUAGGGCCGCCGCAGAAAGCCACCCUUGCCGAGCGUGCCGGAAACCUGGUACAGUCUAUGAUAAAUGCCAGGCAGGCAGAAAUGGAGGGGACGUUGGAGGAGGACGAAGAUGUGGAGUUGUUUUUCUGACAGGUCCUGUGCGCUCCUUUUGGCCCCUACCGACCUUGCUAGCACGGGGUUGCACGAGGCCUUGCCAGCACUGUGCUUUUGCAGUCUGUGRAAGUGACUUUGAACAAGCUUGCUGAGACUCUGCCGCCUGGAUUCUCUGUUCUGUGCCUCCAGCUCUAGGGCUUACGCCCUGCAACURUAUAUUGAUUUAGAUGCACAAACACCCUUAAGGAGCGCGUGGAUAUGUCUGUGUGCAUGGCGCAUGUGGAGAAGGCAGGUCUGCUGCAUUCUUUUGUGGUGUAUUUUCACAMAUUCCACAUUUAGGCUGUCUCUAGACUCCGCUUUUCUGUCUGGAGAAACCUGGCUCAAACAAUACGAGCAUACARGCAACCAGAAUUUAAAAGCAGCCCUGGGCAAACAAGGAAGAGCCCUCUGUCUUUCACGCUGCUUUGAUGGGCUACCAUCUCCAUUAGUAAGUAAUCUCUAUUAGCUAUGCAGUAGCUAAUGCUCGUCUAACACUUUGAAGUCCAUCCUGAGUGAUGCUAGGUCUGUGCUUCUCCCUCUGCCCCCAGAGCUCCUCUGAAGAAAGUUGCUGUUUCGGUACCUUUUUCACACGCUGCAACCAGCUGUCUCAUUCUUACCCAUCCCUGUGUUUUUUUCUUCUUUUUUUUGUGUUGCCUUGCCUGUAUCAUUGCAAGUGUAAGUGUAUAUUUUUGAUAAACAGAGCUGUAAAGCAACAGUUGCAGGCAUUCUGUGGCUUCAGAAGAUGUUGUCUCUCCAGAAUGUGGGAGAUGAAUAAAAGUAAACAAACCUAAAACAAGYGCUGGGAGGCCAGGAAAUUGAGAGCUAUGGUAUGUUUGCAAACAUGUCAUUUGAACUGCCAUUAAUUCUCAGAGCACUUAUGAUCCUUAUUUUCAUAGUAUCCAAGUGGAUGGAUACCCUGUAAAGGARGUUUAUUUUUCUUUUCCUUCUCUCUCGCCUGAAGAAUUUGCAAUAGAGUUGUGUUUUGGCUUCAUUUCAUACAUAUGUGCAAUAGAUCCCAGAAAGCUGUUCUGUCACCACAGACUUUUCUCUUUUUUAGGCAAGUGCCCUAAUUCCAUGAUGGAUGGUAACAUGUUCCCAAAUGAUUGUCUCCAAAGCUAUGAAAAAAAGUGCCACGGAAACUUAUCUAUUUUCAGUUAAAAGUCUGAUAAUAAGGUUGUGUGAUACUCCACAGCAGAAUUUGAUCCCUAAAUGUUUGGGAAUCACUUAGGCAAAUAUUUGGCAUACAAAUUCUGUGUCGGAGAAGACCUGCCUCUCUGUCCAAGACUCUCAAGAAAGAUUAACUAAGUCACUGGUUAAAGAACA